CCAGUGCCUGUCAGCCAUUACUGCUCUGCUCGCCGGGUCUUGCAGGGUGUAACUGGUACAACUGACAUACUUUCCGAAAAAUCGAAGAUCGUUCCUGCGGAACUGGUAGUGUGUCAGCAGAUUCUUCCGAACUUUUGCCGAGAUGUAUAACAAUAGUUAUUCCAAUCAUACCAGUUACAGACCCAGGGGAAGUAGAGAUUCUACCAAUCGUAAUGGAGGGGGAACAUAUUGGAAUAGACAACAACAGACAAACAAAGAGAAGUCAAUUAAGAAGCAAGUCCAAAGAAGAACUCCUGGAGAUUCACUGAAAAAACCUAGCUGGGAUCUCUCUAAGUUACCAGUGAUCACAAAAAAUUUAUAUAUUCCACAUAUCAAUAUUUUAAAACGAUCCAGUGAUGAAGUUAAUAAAUAUCACAUUGGCAAAGAAAUCACUGUGAAAGGAAACAAUACUCCUUCUCCAAUUCAAGCAUUUGAAGAAAGUAAUUUCCCAGAUUAUGUAAUGGAAGAGAUAAGAAAGCAGGGUUUUGCUGAACCAACAGCAAUCCAAGCACAGGGUUGGCCAAUAGCACUCAGUGGUCGUGAUUUGGUUGGAAUUGCUCAAACAGGAUCUGGAAAAACUUUAGCUUAUAUAUUACCAGCAACUGUACACAUUAAUCAUCAACCACGUUUGAGCCGAGGAGAUGGUCCCAUUGUUUUGAUACUCGCUCCAACAAGAGAAUUAGCCCAACAAAUUCAAUCUGUUGCUAGAGAUUUUGGUUCUUCCUCCUGUAUUCGUAAUACUUGCAUCUUUGGUGGUUCUCCAAAAGGGCCUCAAGCUCGUGAUUUAGAACGCGGUGUUGAAAUAUGUAUUGCAACUCCUGGUAGAUUAAUCGAUUUUCUCGAGAAAGGAACUACGAAUUUACGCAGAUGUACAUACCUAGUCUUAGAUGAGGCGGACAGAAUGUUAGAUAUGGGAUUCGAGCCUCAAAUUCGAAAAAUCAUAGAGCAAAUUAGACCUGAUAGGCAAGUAUUGAUGUGGUCUGCAACAUGGCCAAAAGAAGUACAAGCUUUGGCUGAAGAUUUCCUCUCAGAUUAUAUUCAAAUUAACAUCGGUUCUUUGACAUUGGCCGCUAAUCACAAUAUUCGUCAAAUCGUAGAGAUUUGUCAAGAGCAUGAAAAAGAAAUGAAACUUUCAAAUCUUUUGAGAGAGAUCGGCAAAGAUCGAGGAAGCAAGAUGAUAAUUUUCGUUGAAACGAAAAAGAAAGUGGACGAUAUUACCAAAGCUAUUAAACGAGAAGGUUGGCCUGCUAUCUCUAUUCACGGUGACAAAUCCCAGCCUGAGAGAGAUUACGUGUUAUCUGAGUUUAGAAAUGGAAAAACAAUGAUUCUUGUUGCUACCGAUGUUGCUGCUCGUGGCUUGGACGUAGAAGAUGUGAAAUAUGUAAUUAACUUCGAUUAUCCGAACAGUUCUGAGGAUUAUAUUCAUAGAAUAGGAAGAACUGGACGUUGCCAAAGUGCGGGUACUGCUUAUGCUUAUUUUACGCCUAAUAAUGCUAGACAAGCAAAAGAACUAAUUUCUGUUUUGGAAGAAGCUGGUCAAGCAAUAAAUCCACAACUGGCCGAUUUAGCAAAUUCGAUAAAACCUGCAUACGGAAAGGGUCGCCAACGUUGGAGUCAUUCUCGUUCUAAUAAAGAUAAUAGUUCUACUGGAAGCCCAAGAAAUAAUAGUAGCCCGAUUUCGAAUAAUUGGCAAAAUCAGCACGUUCAGAGUACUCAGCACAGUAAUGGUAGCAGUCAAGAAAGGACUGUUGUACGCCAGCAAAAUGGAUAUCAGGCCAGUCGACAGAAUAGUUUCCAAUCUAAUUAUCAGCCGCAACAACAUCAACAACCGCAACAGCAACAGCAUCAACACCAACAACAUCAACAACAGCAGCAGCAGCAGCAGCAACAACAACAUCAACGGCAACCGAAUACUUAUACCAAUGGCUGUCAAACUACAAAUAGCUAUUCAGCUAGUUAUCAAAAUGCAAAUAUUCCUAGAUAUCAUGGAAGAACAGGAGGUUUUCAAGGAAAUCGUUAUCACAAUCGUCAGAGUGCUUACAACACCAAUCAGACACCUGGAGGACAAAGCGUAUAUUCUAUGCCGCCUCCAUUCAUGAUGCCAUCUGCUGGCGGACAUACAGCUGAUUCCUCCAUGCAAAGCCUCGUUAACAACAAGUUUUUCCAGACGAAUCGUCCACCACCAAAUACUGGUGCUUGCGCGUAUCAAUCGAUGGGAUAUAGUCAGUUCCAAGCUGUGCCACCGUAUAGUUAUCCUUAUCCGCCUACACCAGUGCAGCAGUGACGCUUUUCAAGGUAUAAAUCGGUAAGAGUGCAGGCUAAGUAAGAAAAUCAAUUUUUCCUCUUUAUAUCAGGCCCAUUAUAUAUUUACGGUUUGUGUAGACAAUUGGGUCUCUUUUGAAUAUAUAAGUAACAUAAUGUUUCCUCUUUUCAUUGUCAUUUAUUAUUUUUUCUGGAAUGAUGCCUGAUUCAACGCAUUCGACGAAGCAAAAUUAUUUGUGUUUAUUCGAAGAAAGCAGAGACAAAGCAGAGACAAAACAAUCGAUAAUUUGUUGGUUUUAUUAUAGUUAUAAAUAUUUAAAUUGGAACGUUUUCAAACAUUCGAGAGAAAAAAAAUAAAAAAAAUUAAUUAUUACUUAUUAAUAAUGUAGGCACAUUCCAGUCAAGUUUUUUGAAGUAGUAGUAGUAAUUAUUUAGCAAUGAUAUAUUGAUAUAAUCAUUACUGGAUGUAGAAUAUGACCAACAAAUGUAGACUUGUAACUAAGUGGUCAUAUCCUAAAAAGUAAUUAAUCUUCUUGAGAUAAAACUAUGUAAACGUCAUUUAAUGCUUUCCCGAAAUGCACGAAACGUAUAGAAGGGGGGUGGGUUAACGUUUUCAUAUUUGAUAAUUUAUUUAUAUUUUGCAUAUAUAUAUAUACGUAUGUACAGGCAACGCUCUUCAAAAUGUAAGGCCUUUUGCAUAAAAAUUAAGCCGUACACCCGUUUUUACAAAGCGCACGACGAAUAUAAAAAAAAAUAUCGUGUCCUCUGUUUUGUAACGAGACUGGGUGUUGUGUCUCUUUGAUAAUAGGGGAAAGGUAUAUCUCAUCAAAAUUAAAGAACUUUGAUGGAGGAUAAAUCCAGCAUAAUUAUAUAGCGUACAAAAGUGAGUACUUCGAAACUAUCCUGGGCCGGUAUCUUUGGAAUAAAUUCAAAGCAUAAAACCGGCUAAUGGGGAAGAGAAAGGAAAACUUAAAUUAAGCAUGUAGUCACAAUGGCUGUGUACCUCGGCGCAAAGUUUGAUACCUUAUUUUUAUAAUAUAUAUCGAAAGUAAUUUGUUGUUAAACCAACGAAUGAUUAUACGAAGAUAAAAAAAGUAAGAGAAACAUUGUUGUUUGAUGUUUAUGCAAUUGGCCACUGAGUGGUCUUGUCCUUGCGCGACCGUGUACAAUGUAUAUAGGUGCACGCGCAGGCUGGCCGCAAAUCGAAUAAAAUUUAGUUGUACCUGUUUUUUAGUUCGCGCUCAUCGAAAUUCUUGCUAUUUUUUAGGGAACGAUUCAGACUAUCCGAAAGGCAUUUUUCUAUUGAAACGUUUAAGAAAAAAAAUAUUGCGCUGCCGUGAACGUAUUGAACGCGUGAUGAAAGAGUUUUUAACUUAUGGUAUUGAUCCAUGUGUUGUAUAUAUCGUUAUGGCCAUUCCGAAGUGGCUUCCAAGGAAAUUUCACGUGAUAAAUGAUACGAAAAAUAAUGAAUAAUGAAUUCAUGCCGCGAAUCGGGCACGAAAACCGUUUAUCGACAGCGCAUAGCGAUUUUUUGCGGGCCUCCAGAUUACACUGUACACGUCACUACUCGAAUAAACGAACAGCAAAGAAAAGAGCCAACAGAGAAGAAUGCAAGACUCGAAUAUACACUCGAGCAAGGACUCGUUUGCGAACGACAUUAUUGUGAUAAUUAUACGUAACGCUUUCGUGAAACGGUCUCACAGUUCGUUACUUAAUUACGCACAGUAGAAAAUGUUGUGAAGCAGUACGUGUGCACAAUAACAUUUCCGGUUGAUUCACUAAACCGCGUCACACGCAUUUCAAGCGGAUUUUGCUCGAUAAGAGAGGAAAAAGCUCUAUCGAUUCGUUUCUAGGUUUCCACAUGGUAGUCUUUAUAUUCUUCUUUUGCUGAGCCGAUAGAUUGGAUAUUUCAAAAUAUAUGGUGGGGUCGCGAACAGAAGUUAGGCAUUCGCGGUAUAUUGUUGUCUUUGUCCUUUUCAACAUUGUGAAUGCUUAUACGCUCCUACUGCGUUGAUCUGACUGCAACAUGUUGCGUUGUCAGAAUGAAUAGUGAUAUAAAUAAUAGGAAGCGUAUGCUACGAGUAUUGGACACUUCUGAAUACUCAUACAUUGCGUACGCCCUCUAUUAAAUCAUCUUAUUGAUUUUUGAAACUUCGUUUAAUCUAUGUCUUUUCAUCGUUGUUGAUCAGUAAUUUUUCUUUAGUACACUAAUUAUCUAUUUCUUCUGAAUUUUUCUUAGUACGUAGUCUACUAUAUUUUGGCAAAUAGCAGACUAUUGUAGUGCAAUUCUACAUCUUUCAAUUCCAUCCAUUGCAAGUAAUGCAUCUUUCAAGCAUUUAAUCAAUAAUUGAGGCUUAUAGAUAGAUACAUAUAUUGCUGUCAUAAAAAUUUGACAGAUAAAUUAAAGUUUCUUCUAAAUAUUUCAGAUAGCCUCAGAAUUAUAACCCUUUAAGCUGUGCUACAUUUGUUCCCAUAUACUAAAGUGAAAUGAAAAUUAAUGACCGUCGAAUAUGCAUAUCUUUUCUAAAACCAAAUCUCUAAACGUAUGGUCAUAGAAUUUUCUUAGAAACUUGUUAUAGUUGAAAAAGUUUAAAAAGAAGAACGCAGAGCAAAUAUUGAACGUUGGACAGUAAAGGGUUAAUAUUUUACAUUUCAUUUAACAGAACACAUAACAGACAUCAUGCUUUUAAGUUUUUUCCUAAAUAAAAUAAAUGUUCUAACGAAGUGCAACUUGCAUUUUGAAAAUUGAUAGUGGGUGUACGCGUAGUUCUGUGAUAUGUAAGAUGUAGCAUAUUUAUAGAUCUACCUAUCGUGCAUCAUGAUUAAAAUAAGGAACGUAUCUUAUCAGUUUUAUACGUGGUAUACAAAUCAUAUGAUCCUAAAUGACGUGUACUGCGAGAGCUGUCUACUUUAAGGAAAGAAAAACAAAAGUUGUUGCGAAAAAGCGAAAGAUCAGUAUUCCUUUUUUUUUUUUGUUUGCGUUUGCCGUGCGAAUUCGUAUAUUGUCAGGGUAGAGAAUAGGGAGAAGAAAUUGGAAUAUGAAAACGUGUAUUACUUCAGAGCGUUCUUCUAUUCAUGAAUAUCCAAGUUUUUUAUUUCAUUAUGUAGUCUGAUAAAUUCAUCUUCUAAGCGUAUAUGAAGAUGUAGACACAAGGGUUCUUCAUUUCUCUCUUUCUCAUAUAUUGUGAAACUAUUUAUCUCUUUUUUUUUUGUAUGUUUGUCUAUUUUAUUAAGAUAUAGUCUUCUAAAUACUUACGUGUUUGUUGCUAACAAAGGAAUCUAUGAAAUUUCAGUAUUUUUCAGCUAUGGGUUCUUUUUUGUUCUUUUUACUUCUCUUUUUUUUUUAUUUGCGUUAAUGAACAAUUAUAAAUCUUAUGUUCAUUUGUAAUCGUACUACGUGUAACAAGAACUGUUAAAAACAUGGAUGCGUAUUUUUCGUAUAGUAGAAUAUGCGGUAUACUUCAUUUCUACGGUGCAAAAUCGUAUCUCUGAAGUCUACUUUCUCCCUACUAGUCGAUAUUCAUUUUUUUUUUUUUGUUCUUUUUUUGUAUUAUACUCCGUUUUGUCGUGUUGUUAGGGAACAUCCAUUUCAGCUGUACACUUUUAAUGUAACUCUUAACGAGAUCAGUCAUCUCUAGUUGAUAACGAAAGAUUUCCCGGAGAGAAAAAACGAAAUCUUAUUCUCUUGUUGUUACAAAAUGAAAAAGCGGAAACGAAACUAGUGUUCAACACUAAACUUUGCAAUAUCGAUGAACUCGAAUAUCUUGGUCGAUAAUAUUUCUAAGUAAACCGUACAUAUAUUUUUUUAUAUCAGUUUUCAACAGUGAUGGUAAACGUUGAACGAAUGAGAUGAGGGAGGUAGUUUUCAAGAUAUCUGUAUGACACGCCUUCCGUCUGUUUAAUUGAAGAAAAGGUUCGAAAAAUAUAUUCUCGUGAAAUCUUUGCGCUUGCAUUAAGCACACUCGUUCAGGUCAUGUUAGUUGAUCGAUCGAACUUGUAACCUUAUAUUUAUAAUCUGUUGUUCGUUUCACUCGAAGAAAAAAAAAAAAAAAAAAGAAAAGGAAAAGAGUCAAUGAAACGAUAAAAUCGGCACAGUUUUUCGUGUUGUAAAGAUCGACGAAUAAAAUGACGUCGAGUUUUACGUGCUGAGAAAAUCGUUAAUGACACUAACAUAGUCUCGGGAACACGAGAGUACCUUUUUAACGAUUAAUGCUGAACGCUGUGAUAUCGCGUACAUAAACAUUUUUAUUAUUAUAAACAUAAAUGUGCAUAUUGUAAUGUUAAAAAAAAAAAAAAAGAAGAAGAAGAGUACAUAUUCUCCUUUAUAUGUGAAGACUGAAUCUCGCCAACUUAUACACAGGUUUAGCAGCCGCAGAUACGUUCGUAUACUGGAUAGACUACAGAUAGACUAUUUGUACAUUAUUAAUUGUAACAAUAUGUUUUUACGUCGGUAGUGCCGUAUGUGGGGACGGUACUACUAUGUUAUAGUUCGAUAACGGGUGCGUGUUCGUAUUGUGCAUUUUUUCUUUUUAUUGAGAAUUAAUGUCUUCGGUGUGUCGUGAUGAGAAAUUCGCCAGAUAUUUCGCGUUUACUUUCCAUAGAGGUUGGAAUAGUUGCACGAAUCUGGUUUCCUGUUUAUUUCUUUCUUUUAUUUUUUUUUUUUUCUACAAUUUCGUUUGAUUCUGGUCGAAAAAGAAUUCGAUCAAAAAAAAGGAAAGAUAUCAAGUUAAAAAUAUCGUUUGUAUUUGAUUUUCGAAUGAUUGCUUGCCACGUUUCACUUGUUUUUGAUUUAUCAAUUAUAGAUCGUUCGUGAAAUAAAGGGACAUUACAACAACAACAGUACAAUCCGUUUCAUGAUAGUUCCUAUAUUGCAUUCUUCUUUGUAACGUGAAUGAAUUGCAGCUUAAAUUUUUGCUAAGAUGAGUCAAAGAAUUUUCACACUUUUUCUCUGCGUAUCGUUCUAUUUGGUUAAAAAAAAAAAAAACUUGCGAAUAUUUUAUUGGUGUAGUCACAUGUGUGCAUUGCCAAGUCUGUUAUUAUUAUUAUUUUUGCGAUUGUGUCACAAUUGUUAACUUUACCACUAUCUUUCAUCAGUUUCUGGAGAAAUGUACUAAAGAUUGUUGAUCGUUCAUCAACGACGAUUGGAAGUCGUGGAUUAAUCUCAUAUGUGUAAAGUACAUUUUUCUUUCGUUAUGUAAGGUUUAAGAAAGAAAUGGAAAAGUGAAUACGACGUUAAGAUUAAUUUUAGGAAAACUAAAUUUGUUACUAUCUUCGUUAUUUAUCCGUAAUAUUAUGUCGUUUUUUUUUUUAAAUAUUGUGAAAUAAGCGUAAAAAUGAUUGUUUCCUAUGAAAAGUGAUAUCGUUCGUAAUAUGUAAACGGUAAUAUUGUUUGUUUGUUUCUCUUUUUCUUUUUUUACUAAUAAUAAAUUUAGUUUUUUCCUAAUGUCAAAUGUAGACUUGUUAGUGUAUGCAUGAAUGUUGAACACUGUACACUGCACGACAAAAUUUACUGUGCAAACUUUUACGAAACUAUGAAGUUAAUGCAGUUUACGAUUCAGAUAUUUAUCAUUUUUAAUAAUGCGUCUUUUAAUGAUGGUACAUAUUUAAGCCUGGGCUAAUUAAAAAAAAAAAAAAAAAAAAAAAACGGUACCUUCAAUUGAUCUUAAUGUGUGCUGAGAUCUUCGAAUCAACAAAUCUUAUACAUCUUGUUUAAAUUUAUAUAAUAUUCCAUUAAAAAAUGCGUCAUGAGAAUUGUAUCGAUGGUAAUAAGUGAGUGCAGAGAAUACUAUAUAACAAAAUUUCUAUAAUGGCUAAUGUAUUAAUUGAUUUCAUAAUUUGUGUAUUAUGUUCAAAAAUUUCGCGAAAAUUACAAGAUUUAUUUAGAUCUGCGUACACUAUUUUCAUAGUUAUAUUAUUGUUUUAUAUAUAUACGUAUAUGUCAACUUUUGUAAUUACUUGUUAAACAAUUAAGUAAUUAUAAAAGAAAUCGUCUUUUUUUCUUUUAAUGCAAUUUAACCCUUUUGCUAAAAAUGAUUAAGAUUACUAACAUAUAUAUUUUUAUUAUAAAAAUUUCGUACAAAGUUUGUUUCUUACACUUUCUAAUGUUAAUUAUAAAAAACAUAAUAACAACAUUAAUAGAUUAUUAAAGUUCAUCAAUUAUUCAUGAUUUUUUAUUCGAAUAGUAAAAAUUCAUAAAAAAAAUUCAUCAGAUAAAAAUAAAUUGAAUUGAAUAAAAUUUCGUUUCAAUAAAAGUAGAGUUCAGUGAAAAUUUAUUAAUAGUUCAUUGAAUUCGUAAAAGUGAAAGGGUUAAAUUCAUAAAAUUAUUUCUAUUUUAAUAUAAAUGUUAUUCAUUGUUUUUCCUUGUGUGCAAAUGUUCGCAUUUUUCGUGAUUGUUCUCAGAGUAGUGAAGCAUACGAAUCCGUCGUAUCUCGUCUUUUUGAGAGCAUAAUAUCUCACAUUCAAAUUAUCUUCAAACGCGUAUUUUUGGAGAUUAAAAAUUAUUUGACCGAUAAUUCGUAUAAGCAUAAUUUAUGUGAUCAUUAUCACACUAUGCACUUAUUUUUUCGAGCGAAUCAUAAAAAUGAAAAUGAUCCUCUCAGAAAUGUGAAAUCGAAAAACGAAAUUGAAAAGCGUAAAGGUGUUAUAGGAAUUACGCGAUCAUUGCGUGAAAAACGCAGUUACAGCACGGUAGACUUCCUGUUGUUGUAAUACUUCAUUUGUUGAUGCGUUUGUUCUGAACGCGCAUUAGGAAAAAGGAACGAUAUUAAAAAAAAAUAAGGAAAAGAAAGUAGUUUGAAGAAAAAGCGCUAAAAAGAAAUAUAAUAUGCUAAAUUGCAAAGAAAGAAAAACAGAAAUAUUGAUAAUUUAGUAAUGCGUAAUUUUAGUCGUUUCUACGAGACCAGAAAGUUGAGAGAGUUCAGAUCGCCGAUGGUAUCGGGAAAGAUGUACAUUUAAAAAAAAAAAAAAAAAAAAAAUACAAAUAGGUAUUCUGUAAUUACGGCUUUAUUGAUUCAUCGCGCCUUACAAUAUGAAAGAGCUCGGCCAACUUUCAUCAAGAUGUGUAUGCAAAAUUGCGAACACUCUUAGAUUCGAAACGAUAAAAAGAAAAAAACCGCUCCUUGGUCGUCCUCGAGUAAAUUGAGACAAGCGUUUGCUAGAAUUGUUCGAACUGCAGCACAGAAGAACGGCAUAUAACUGUAUUGCAUUCUUGUUGAGUAUAAGAAUAUGCAAAAGAGGCAUGCAAGAAUAUAUAUUUGCGUCAAUUUUAUGUAUAAAAAUGACAUUUAUCAGUUCUUUAUAUAAAUAUAUAUAUGUAUAUAAUGUAUGUUUGCAUAUAUAUAUAUAAAUAUAUACAGACAUAAUUCUAAAAAAAAUGGGAUAUUCUAUUAGGACAAUGCUGUCCAUCAAAAUUGAUGAUCUAUUUAGCGCUUCUUUAACAUUGUUAUUAAUAGACAAAGAAGCUAGAAGAUUCUAAUGGAAGAGUAGUUACGCAUGUUAAUAUAUAGUUGUUAUUUAAUCAUGUUAAAGCCUGUGCUAUAACAAAAGAAAAAUAGAAAAAAACCUAAUUUUUAAGUUUUAUAGCUUUAAUUUAGACAGCAUUGUUUUAGUAGAUAGAAUAUUCUUGGUGAAUAAAAAAAGUGAUCGCUUAUCACAUUAUUAACAGAUUCACUGCUACCUUAUUUUGAUAAUUUAUCACUGUACUAAACUGUAAAAAAGUACAUUUAAAGAGAAUAACGACAGUGUACACUUAUCGCAAUGAACUUGGCAGUGAAUGUGUUAAGAUGACAAGUAAUCUAGUCGAAAUUAUUCUGUCGUUAAUUAUGACCCUUGAUGAGGGUAUAAAGAUAUAUUGAAACAAAUAUCUUUUUUAUGGUAUAACAAUAUUGGAAUAUUCUUCAAACAUUGUUGUACUUAACAAAAAAAUAUUUUCAAUUAUUCAAAUAUUAAUUUUUAGAAUCCUGACGCAAGAAAAAAGAAAAAUCAAGAUCUCUAGUGUUUUUGUAUUGAAUAAUGUUUAGACUCUACAUGAAAAUGUUAUUUCAAAACGAAUAUUUUAGGAAAACGAAAGACCAGUAUUAACAGUACAACUAGAAACAAGAUUAUGUGAAUACUUUGUCAUCGUUUUGCUUUCUGUGUUGUUCUCCGUCUUUGAAAUAAUUAAGUAAAUGCAGAAAAUAUCUAUUGUUGUCUAAUCAUGUAAGCCGUUUUACUGCAGAAUUAUUAAUUUUUACGACCAAAGAGAGGUAACGCGAAAAUGGCUUAUUUUUUUUUCUUUGACCAUGACACGAUUUUCAAAAGCGGAAAGUAUAUCAAUAGUUUAUAUGGGAUGUGAAUAUUUUAAUGCAAUUUUCAGUGAGUGAUAGAAAACAAGUGACGUUUGUUAAAAAGUACCUUAGAGUUAAUUAUUGUAUGAGUCGCUUCUGUUUAAACAGAAUUUAUUGUUUUUCCGGUGUAGAAAGAAGAAAAAGAGCAUACACAAAUUAUUUAUAUGCAGCGCGCAAGGCGAACAAUUUAAAAAAAGGCGUAAAUAAUGUUAAAUAAUAUUUCUGUAUUCAAAUUCUCUUCUGUAGGUUUCAUUAAAGUGCAUUUCUUGUAUGUUACACAGUAUUAUGGUAGAAUAUAAGAAUAAAUACUGCAAUAAUA